AAACUUUUUAUUGAUCUUUAUAAAAUUGCAAAUUAAAUAAGAAUUGUUGAUAAAAUGCUAAAAGUUCUUACUAGUCACUCAACAUCACGCAUUUACAGGAACAUAAGGCUACUGUCGUCAAUGUCAAAUGUGAAAAUCAGCGAACAAAAAGUAAAAGUUGGGAAUUAUCAAAUUAAUUAUGUUGUAUCCAAAUGUGAGGGUGAAAAGACUGACAAGACGUUGAUAAUGCUGCCUGGUGCACUGGGCUCAUGUUUCACAGACUUCAAGCCACAAAUCGAGAAUCUACCAAAAUUACUGCCAAACUAUCAAAUUAUUGCAUGGGAUCCACCAGGAUAUGGAAAGUCAAUUCCACCUAAAAAGGAGUUCACAAAAGAUUUUCUAGAAAAAGACGCAGAUUUGGUUAAAGAUUUGCUUUGUGAUGCAUUAAAAGUUGAUAAAUUUGAUGUUUUGGGUUGGAGUGACGGUGGCAUCAUUAGCCUCAUCUUAGCCGGAAAACAUCCUCAAAAUGUACAAAAACUAAUAAUUUUCGGAUCAAAUGCCUUCAUCAUCAAAGAUGAGCUGAAGAUCUACGACAGCAUCCGCGAUGUCAGCAAAUGGAGUGCAAAAAUGCGAGAACCACUCGAAAAACUUUACGGCGCUGAAUAUUUCAAGACAACUUGGGAAAGCUGGGUUGACACAUUUAAGAGAAUUUAUCAUGAAAAUGAAGGAGAUUUGUGUACAAAGUUUUUAAAGGACAUUAAGGCUGAAACAUUAAUUCUGCAUGGUGAAAAGGAUCCGAUGCUAGCUUCAGUUCACGUUCCUUAUUUGAUGGAGAAUAUUAAAGGCGCUAAGUUGAUCACAUGGCCGAAUGGGAAGCAUAACAUUCAUUUGAGAUAUGCGGAGGAGUUUAAUAAGAAAGUUGCUGAGUUUUUGAGAGUUAAUUAAGCUGUCUGAUGACUGGAUUGUAGGAUGGAAUUCAAAAUUCAGCUAUGACUCUAAUAGUGUUGAAGAUCAUCGCUUUAUGCUUGAAUUUGACUCGCAAUUUCAAUAUAAAGCUAUAAAAAAAAAACGGAAUAAAAAGCCUGGAUUUUUUUAAUCGUCUUACUGUAUUUAUUUUUCAUGUCUUUUACAGUUUAAGGCAGGGCUGUGACACAGGCACCUGUGCAUAGUUGAGAACCGUUCAAAUACUUGACAAUUUAGGAGCCGUUCAAUUAUGACGUCCAAAAUUAACGGUCAUUUUUCAAAAAAGAACAAUGGAUUUCCAGGAAUUUCUAUUGUUCUUUUCUUGCUGACCCCCCCCCCCCCCCCUUAAGGACGUCAUAAGUGAACGGCCCCUUAUAAGGUUUUUCUAACAAAACCAUACAAAUUCUAAUAAAACCUCACAAAUUAUCAAGGAAUUGUACGGUUCUCAUCUGUGCACGGGUGCCUGUAUAGCAACCCUGGUUUAAGGGUACAAAAAAAACAACGUGACAUCUUAAUAAGGAAAUCAUAGUCAUUUAAGUGCUGUAAAUUCAGGAUUGAGUAAUGGCAAGAUCCGAUUGACUAAACUGGAUCAUUUGGCAUAUCCUAAGUUCACUUUAGUUGUACCCUAAUUUAUACCAUCCCUCCUAGCUUCCCGAACCUAAAAAGAAGAGAGAACAUUGACAGGUAACAAUAAAUCCCACCCCCCCCCCUGAUACCCCACCUCCCACAAAAUCAACAAACCCUUCAAAUUUCCUACCAAACAAUAUUUUUUUUAAUUAUUAAUUCUAAAAUGACUUUUUCGAUCGCAUCGGCAGCACCGACUCUUUUGCAUUUUUAAAGAAAUUUAACAAAUUUUUUCUCUUUUUCGAUGAAAAAUAAUUCGUCACGACAUCAUUUUCACUAGAAUUAGCUGACGUUGUGUCCUGAUAUGUCGGUAAUGUCUGAUCGUUGGCACUAAGCGACACAAACAGUGCAAAUGGCACCAACCAAAGGCAUAAUGUGAAAUAUCCAAGAAUUUCUGAUAUUGUGUAGAAAUACUCUUGAAAAAAGUUGUAAGCCAGAUAGUGAUUCACGAAUAGCAAGACUAGUGCUGCAAUGAACUCGAAUGAGAAAAUUCGAACUUCUGGAAAUGUCCUAAGGAUGAGGAGAUGUGAGAGUUGCGCGAGAAUUCCAAAGAUUAUUACUGUGUAUGGGAAGCUCUCGGUGAAGAUGAAGAGGAUGUAGAUGAUGAUUGUGAUGUUUGUUACUGUCUUGAUGACUUUCUUUGACUUCUCUGAAUACUCUUCGACU